AUGAAGACCACCUUCGCUGCCCUCGCUCUCUCCCUCUUCGGCGCCGCCGCUGCCGCUCCCGCGGCCGCAGCUACCACCAGCAGCUGCCCCGGCACCGCAAAGCCCUUCCCCUACAGCGUCGACGACGUCAAGCUGUACCACCUCAAGGAGAGCAACACCUGGGACCUGACCAUCCAGGUCACCGAGCGCGACGCCGCGGGCAACGCCCUGGGCUCGACUUCGUGCCACAGCGCCUGGAACGACGGCGCAACCUACGUCGCGCGCGAGAUCUGCGCGGACACGCACUACUUCUUCUGGCUGCCUGAGGGCGCGCCCAACCCGGAGAAAUGGAGCGUGAUUGUCGACGGGCCUAAUGGCCAGGGCGAAGGCGUGAUUGAGUUCGGGAACAAGUACCAGUGCGGUGCUUAUACUGGUACCGUGGGCAAUAUUGAUCGUCAGUGCACGACUACGAAUGGCGGGUGGUUCUUUUUGCACGAGAGGGAGCAGUAA